AUGAUACUCGAGACUCUUUCGCUUUUUUCUUUCUGGAAUGCCGUCAAUGUUUUCUGUAUUAUCUCUAUACUCUACGUUGUCAACUUCUACUUUUUGUACUUUAUCCGCCAAAACCCGCUUCCUGGACCCUUUCCGCUUCCGUUAGUGGGCAAUCUCUUUCAAUUAUUAUUGUUUGCCGGGGAUAUUGGUAAAUGGGGGCUACACUGUCAGGAGAAGUAUGGUGACAUAUGGGAAACGUAUGUUGGUAAUGCAAAGAUUAUCUGGUUGGCCAGAGCUGAUUUAGCGGAGAAAUUGAUGAGCCCUUCAAGAGACAGUAACUAUUUUCACAGAACAUGGGAGAAUUGUGGAUUCAAUGAGCUAGGGUUUUCCGCGUCGGGUAUAAUAUUUAAUAGAAAUAAGACCACAUGGGCUUUCAAUAGAAAAAUGUUUGCUCAGGCUAUUACUAGUAGCAAAUUCACUACACCGGCUAUAGAAUGGGUACAAACGAUGUUUGUGGAGAUGGAGGGAUAUUUGCUUGGGUUAGGGUACGACGAAAAAGAGUUCAACUUUGCCGAUUGGAUUCCGCGGCUCUUUACGGACAUGCUAUUUGCCAUGACAAUGGACAAGUACGCCUGCACACUGGCUACGUUAUAUAAUUCCCAUAACCCACCCAAAUUGGCUCCAUAUCCGGAAGAAGCAGUUGCCGAAUCAGACAUCUUUGUGAAAUCCAUGAGGAAGCAAUUUCAUGCGUUGAAGUAUUUCCGAUUCACUCCAGAAAUUAUUCGCAAUAAAACUCCCUUCGGUCGCAAAAAGACCAAAGAUUAUUUGGAUAACCUGGUUUGGUUACGAGGAGUAUUGAUUAAUAUUAUCCGAGAGAAAAGGGAGAAAAUCAUGAACACUGACGAGGCGUUGAGACCUGAUUUAAUGACAUUGCUGGCUGCAGUGAAUACUUCAAAAGAUAUGACGCAAAAGUCGGAGAGUAUUGUUGAGCCACCAUUAACGGAUGAAGAAAUUGGAAAUUGUUUCAUAGAUAUAACAUCUGGUGGUAUUGAUACGUCAUCAAACUUGAUCUGCUCCAUAAUAUAUUGUAUAGUUAAACAUCCAGAGGUCAAGAAGCGUCUUCGUUUCGAACUAGACACAGUCCUCGGUACAGAUCCUGUUCGUAUAAUCAGCCACGAAGAUUUGAACAAACUUGAAUAUACAGAAGCCGUUAUCCAAGAGGUUUCUCGAUUGCAUCCAGUUACACCUUUCGUUUCAAGAUUACCUGAUAAGGACGAUGUGAUUGGCGGAUAUCCGAUCAAGGGCGGCGAACUACUAUUUGUUAGCGUCUCUGGAAUUCAAUUACAUCCUAAACACUGGCACAAUCCAAAAGAAUUUAACCCCGAUCGCUUCUUGGAACGUGAUCGAAGCAGCAUCAAGUGCGAAUUUCCUAUGUUUGGAGGCGGUCUCCGUUUAUGUCCAGGCAGGCAGUUGGCAAUGACUGAAAUGAAAAUUAUUAUCGCGAUGAUAUUCCGAAAAUAUGAUCCUGAAUUGGCUACACCAGACACCACACCAAAGUACAAGUAUGAGGGCAUAAACCGUUGUUACGAGUUGAUGUUGAGAUUUAAGAAACGGAUCGAUUAA